UCUGAUUUCAUCGAGGGGUGUCAGAGACCCCGCUGCGCCAAUAACGCCUUCUGGAUACCGACCUGCUAACAUCCUGGGGCGUUAGGGACCCCGAAGCACCGGUGACACAUAUAUGUGUGUGUGGACUGUGGACGUGUAACAGUUGAAUUAUUAAGACGAAGUAAAUUAUGAACGUACAAGAGACCGUGGAAGAAUUGACACAAAUUUCUAUAGAAAUACGUCAAAAUUUGGAAUCGUUAGUUGAUAGGGAAGAACGGAAGAAUCUGAUAUUGAAUCAUAUCGAAGAGUUUGCGAAAAGGGGAUCACGAAUCACCGAUUUUCAAAAAGGAUUAGAGUGGUUCAACGUCACUGAGGGACUAUCCGUAUAUCAACAUCUGGUUGGGAAGAUAAUUAUUUUGGACUUUUUUACAUAUUGUUGCAUCAAUUGUAUGCACAUUUUACCGGAUUUACAUGCUCUUGAAGAACGAUUCACCAUCAAAGACGGUCUCGUUGUGGUUGGAGUACACAGCGCAAAAUUUACAAACGAACGUGAUUCAAAAGGACUAUUAUCGGCUAUACAAAGGUAUAAUAUAACGCAUCCAGUUGUAAAUGACGCGACGCUAUCAACAUGGCGCGAUUUAGGAAUCUCUUGUUGGCCAACUCUAGUAAUGAUAGGUCCUCUAGGGGAAUUACUUGCAGUUUUCGUGGGCGAAGGCCAUCGGGAGGAAUUAAAGUUGUAUACGGAUGUAGCGUUAACAUACUUUAAGUCGUUAAAUAAAAUAUCCGAGCAUGAUGUACCUUUACAGUUAGCGCGGCAUUUAUUGCCUGUCGGUGGGAAUGAAGCACUUUUAUUCCCCAGUAAGUUGGAAAGUUUUCAGAUCGAGCAGGGGGAAAAAUUGAUCAUAUCUGACACUGGCAACAAUAGGAUUUUAGUGACAGAUAUGUUGGGUAAGGUGGAAUAUGUUAUCGGUGGUUCGAAUCCGGAUUUCAGAGAUGGGGAUUUUCAAAGUGCCAGGUUUAACGCACCUCAGGGGGUGUGCAUAUUGGGUAGUUGGAUCUUCGUAGCCGAUAACGAGAAUCACGCAAUUCGAAAGAUAGACUUGACGAGGAAAAUCGUUACCACGGUCGCUGGUACAGGUGUUCAAGGCUUCGAUCGUAUCGGAGGUAAAUCAGGCAAAGAUCAACUUCUGUCUUCUCCGUGGGAUGUUGCUAUUUUUAAUCACGAAUACGAUAACAAGAUUGUACCUGUGUUAUUGGUCGCCAUGGCAGGUAUACAUCAGAUUUGGGCCCUUUUCCUGGAAAAUACCGUGUGGUGGAAAAACAAAGAGUAUAAAGCGGAUUCGUGUGUUGCAAUAGUAGGAAAUGGUAGAGAGGAGAAUCGUAACAAUGCGUAUCCUCACGCAGCAGGUUUGGCGCAACCAUCUGGUUUGACCAUCGAUCAGAGAAACAAGAUUGCUUAUAUUGCGGAUAGCGAAAGCAGUGCUAUCAGACGUAUAGAUUUACAGAAUGGACGAGUUUCCGUCGUUUGUGGUGGAAACAAAAAUCCUGCGGAUCUACACGAUUUCGGGGAUUCCGACGGCACACGGUAUACCGUUAAACUUCAACAUCCUUUGGGAAUAACAUGCCACUCGAAAGAGAACGUCAUUUAUGUAGCUGAUACUUACAAUCAUAAAAUAAAAAGAAUCGACGCGAGCACUGGUUGGUGUAAAACUUUGUACGGUGAUGGAAAACCUAACAAGAAUUUCGCGUUUAACGAACCUAGCGGCAUCGCUGUCAAUUCUAGCGGUGAUACUUUGUACGUUGCAGACACUAAUAAUCACAUAAUAAAGGUGAUCGACACAACUAACGGAACCAUUACCAAGUUAUCUCUAAAAAUGACCGUAUACGAGACGAAUAACGAUUUCAACGACGUUUACUUCUUUGAUACGGCGAUCAGUAAUAAAGGUGGUAAAUUCAAUCUAGAGUUUGAUGUAAUUUUCCACGAGCGCGAUAUAAAGUUGAAUCAGGACGCGCCACAGAAGUGGAGCGUCGUGAGUUUACCGGAGAACAGGUGGAGUGCUACAGCGAUAAGCGGAGAACUUUCGCAUCCGAUAUCGAUCAAAGUUUCCGAAGGAAACGAAACGCACAAGGUACACGUGAUUUUGGAUAUCGUUGGCUGCACAAGUACCGAAUGUAUACCAAAGAGAUUGUCGGUAGUGUAUCGUGUACGUCAGAAAGAAAAUUUUCCUAACGUAGUAACGGAGCGAAAGCAACUAUUGAUUACAUAAUUGUAGAUUAUAUUAAUUUUGGUUGAAGAAGUUUAGAAAAAAAGUAUAUUUGUAAAAUGAUUGAUGUAUCGUUUAAACGUUGCAAGUACCUUUUUUUCUUUCUUAAAUAUCCAUUUGAAACGUAUCCGAUUUGACAGAGAAGCAAUUAGUUUUCAGUUUUUCUUCGUUUCGUGUAAGGUCCCUUUGAAAAGUGGAUAAUCUCGAAACGGAUAUAAGAGAAAUAAAGAUUAAAAUAAAAAAGGAUAAUAAUCAGUUAUAUUUAAA